AUGGUCUCGGCGACGAGCUUACCUGGAGUUACAGCAAUAGCAGUGUCAACUGGUGUUGUUUUGUGUGCGGUGUGGUAUUGGGGAAAAUAUAAGAAAAAGAGAGAGGAGUCCCUGGCGAGGAUUGACGAGCUUAUAGGUACUACUACUACUACUGCCGAUGUUAGUCCAACCCCUCACACUGCCCAAUACCGAGUACUGACCCAACGGGUCAAGCCAGAGAUGAGUCGGAUCCAUCCAUCGCUGCCGAACCCUGAUGGUAUCACCCUUAUCUACCAUCACACUACCGAUGAGCCGUCCUCCUGCAUACACGUGCCUUUGAUAAUCGAUGGCCCCCGCAUAACGACGGCUGUGUGGGGUGAGGAAGCUAGAGGUGUUGAUCAGGGUGAUGCUGUAGCUGAGUGGCUGAGCCGGCAUCUUGGAAUCAUCGGGGCUCGUUUGAUCAAGUCAGUGAGCACACAGGAGUUCAUGAGGAGUCUACCCCCUAAGAAGGGCGGUCGGGGAAAUGAUGGCCUCGACUUUCAAGAUGGCUUUCCCCUGCUAGUGCUAUCCCGGGCAUCAGCUGCUGAGCUCAUCGCACACGUGCCGAUUGGAGUAGGACGGCAGAUGGAUUACCGAAGGUUUAGGCCCAAUAUACUCUUAGAUGGGUGCCCUCCCUACAGCGAGGAGAAAUUUCCCACUCUGGAGCUCGUCGAGGGUCUGACUACAUUAGAUUUAAUCCGUCCCUGCAGUCGAUGCACUAUACCUACUGUUGACCCUGAUACGGGUAUGAUGGAUACUCAGACUAAGGAGCCACUAUCGACACUAUUCGACUUUCGUACAGGUCGUUCGGUGUCUUUUAACAUCAUUCAAAUAGAUAAUGAGUGA